AACUAACACUGAAAAAAAGACUUCUCCCGGGAGAGCGUCAUUCUGUCCUGCACAAUCCCUCCCACCCUGCCAUUCGGAGUGGGUACCAGGUAGGUAACAAGAUCCCGUGAAGGAGCUGAGCUUUCACUGCUGCGGAGAAAAACAGCCGUACGGCUCCUGCGAGCCCAGGCAGCCCCACACUGCGCCCCGCUUCUUCCUCUAUCUCAUCCCUCAGCCGUGCUCGGCAAGGUCUGCGGAAGACAGAGGCAAGCCGAGAACCCCAGCUCCUGCCACGGGUACCCUUAGUGAUUUAUCGCCUCCUUACAAGCAGGAGGAAUGGAAAAUCACUGCAGAAGCCAGACCUGCCCAUUCUGGUUUUGGUUUAUACAGCUUCAGAAGGUCCCUGACACUUUUGAGAAAGCCUGUUUUUGCUUGAUUGCCAGGUCAAUUUAUAGCUCUGGUAGCUUUAAAUAACCACUUCGAUCUGGGGAGUAUUGUUACAAACUCGUAUUCUAAAUAUUUUCUUCAGCUAAAAAUACAAAUAUCCUAAUAGCACUCAUAUUAGUGACAGCAAUAAAUUCCUGCAUUACUAUCUACUACAAGACUACUGAAACUGAAAUAUGACUGCACCUUGAAUCAUGGAGAGCAUCAGUAGAAAAGACUGCUAAGUAUCUAAUUCUCGCCUAUUUCUAUGGGAACUCGCAGCUGAAAGGAAUAGCUGAGCCUGACUCACUUUGGACGGGAGUUUAGCUAAAUGAUAGAGCUUGGUUAACUUCAUUAAAGUCUCAUGUCUCACACAGGCUGAAGCUAUUUGGUACGCUAAUGACAGCUUGAUAGGACAUGCUGGGUUUCAGGACGCACAGACUGCUAUAAUUCUAAAGCCUGAGAAUUAUGGCAGAAAAAAAAAGGGUUCUGGGAGACCUGUCCCUGCCCAAGCUCUCCAUGUAGUCUGUGAUGGGUGAUAUUCUCCCCUUCAAAAUGGGAAAAUAUAAUGUAUUUACUAAAGGGUUAGAAAAAAGUUCGACGCGGAGCUGAUCCAGUUCCACACCUACUGCUUUUAGCCACACCUCACAAUUAUAAUAUGAAAAGAGAAGAAAAAAAAGAAAAGAAAAGAAAACAAGCAAAAGGAAAACAAUCCGGUAUGUGGCUGUGAUUCCAAAUAAUAACAACAGUGUGUGCAUGCUCAUAAAUGCUUCAGAAUUGACCAAGAGGAAGCACGUUUCGUGAUGACACAAUCUUGUUGCUGUAGUCAUUCAUCGAAGGGAACUCCCACAGGAAAAGGCAUAAAGCUGCUUAGGGAAGGCUAAGAAGCUGCUCAGUGCUAGUCAGUCAAACAUUGGGUUAGAUCCAUACCUGAGCUAAACAUGAGUACCAGCCAAGGCCCUUUUCAGUUUUUUUCUGGGUCCCUCGGGGGUAGUGCAGGGUGUGGUUUGGCCCAGCAAGGAACUUCUUACAGACCUUCAGGUGCAGAUGGUGGUGCCAGCAGCAUACACACCUCUUUCUCCUCUGCCAGACCCCUCUGUCUGGCUGCCGGAGGAGAGGCAUCUUGGGGAUGCUUCGGCGAGCACCACAGGGAAAGCAUCUUCCUGGGUGGGAAUGAGAAACAGACCAUGCAAAACCUGAAUGACCGUUUGGCUGCCUAUCUGGACAAGGUCCGUUCCUUAGAAGCAGCUAACGCUCAGCUCGAAAGCUGCAUCCUAGAGUGGCACAAGACAAAGUCUCAUGGAGAGAGGCAUGACUUCAACCAAUACGAGCAAAACGUCACUGACAUGCAAAGACAGAUUGAGGAUGGCAAGAUCACCAACGCCAGCAUCCUUUUACAAAUUGAUAAUGCUAACAUGGCAUCUGAAGACUUCAGGCUCAAGUACGAAGCAGAGAAGGCUCGCAGGCAGGGAGUGCAGUGCGAUGUUGAGAACCUGCGUAAGGAGCUCGACGGCCUGACUAUUGUUACAACAGAUCUGGAAAUGGAAAUUGAAGGCUUGCGAGAAGAGCACAUCCUCCGGAGGAAAGACCAUGAGGAGGAUAUGGAAGCAAAUCGCUCAUCACAGGACUUCAAAGUCAAUGUAAAAGUAAACGCACCACCUCCCGAAGACCUAGCCAAGAUUCUAGCAGAAAUAAGACAAGAUUAUGAAGCCAUAAUUGAAAAGAAUCGUCAAAGCCUCGACAGUUGGUACAAAGAACUGAGCUCAGCUGUGUCUCUGGCAGCAGUCCCUAAUCCAGAGCAGAUACAGAGCAGUGAGAACGAGAUCAAGGAUCUAACCCGUACUUUACAGUCCCUGGACAUCGAGCUGCAGGCACAGAUGAGUAAGAAACACAUGCUGGAAGACACCUUGGCUGACACCCGGAAUUACUAUGCUGUUGCACUUCAAAACAUGCAGCAGAUCAUCUCCAAAUGUGAGGAAGAGCUAAGCCAGCUUCGUCAUGACAUCAAGCAGCAAAAUAACCAAUACAAAGUUCUUCUUGGGAUUAAAACACGCCUGGAAAAGGAAAUUUCCACUUACCGCCUGCUGCUGGAAGGGAAUGUAGACGGGAAAACAAAAAAAUCUGAAUCGAAAGCUAAAGAAUAUGCCGGGCUGACCAAUCGGAAGAUCAAAGCAAUUGUCCACGACAGCGUGAACGGGCAGGUGGUAUCCUCCACCGUCAACGAGAUCCACCAGCAAGCAUGAAGCAAGAAGUUCUGCCAGCUCCUGGCUCCCCCGGCGGGCUAACGCGCAGCCUCUGGGAACCCCCCUGCACAACUCGUGCUGUGUGUGAAAAGGGGAUGCUGCAGUGAGCUCACUCCUAAACUGAUCUGCAGCCUACUGCUGAAAAGUGCCACACAGGGCUGGGUAGAACUGAUACGCUAAAGGGCUUGUGGGCGUCACAACGCUGAAGACAAACUGCUCAAUGGAAAUGACUGUCUGAGUUGGUAAUACAUGUAUUAUGCACAUCUCACCGGGGCAUGAAUCUCCAUCUGUGGUUCAGUUAUUGCUCUGCAAAUUAACUAUAAUUUAACGUGAAUAAUCUCUUAACUUUUCUCCCGGUCUUAUGUCUCUUAUCAUAUAUACCUCACUGCUGCCAAUAAAUCCUUUUCCAUUA